CCGAAAAGAUCCUCGAGCUUCUCAAUCAGGAUUGACUUGGAUCUGGCAACAAUAUAUAAGGUCACAGCAAUUUAUCUAGGUCAGUGCUUUUCAAACUUUUUGCUGGAGCGGAACCCCAAGGAAACAUUCCACUGGCUCGGGGGGAACCCCUGUGCAAUAAUUUAAUAGUCUUAUGCACACACAUCUGCACAGGAAAAUUAAAAAUUACUGCCGAUUUUAGCAGUUUUGCAACUUCUUGCGGAACCCCUGGACUGUACUGGCGGAACCCUGGUUGAAAAACCACUGCUCUACGUAAACUUCAGAAGGAACUUUAAUUCCCCUGACACCGCUGAUUUCAACACCUACCUCUUUCCGCAGCGGAGCUAAUCUGACAAUGUUCCGCAGAGCUGGACAAGCAGAAAUUCUUCGCUCGAAUCAAAAAGAUGAAUUUUAUAUAUCGUAUCUUCGAUCUACACUAUCAGAAACUUUCCAGAGUAUUGUUGGUAUGAGAUCAUGGAUACACCUUCGCAAAGAACUGGAAGUUUUUGCUGAUUUCACUUACUUCUUACUGACAACAGCUGCUGGUUUCCAGACACUUGGGGAGGAGUAUGUGAAUAUAAUUCAGGUGGACGGUACUCUGCGAGCACCAGUCUCAACCAUGAGGAGAUCAUUUAUGAUCUUGCUUCAUGUCUGGACUCCCUAUGUAUUUCAAAGAUUCUUUGACAAAUGCCAGAAAGACUUAAUGAAGCCAGAUUCCAGCCUGAGAUUUUUGUCACUUCAUAGCAAAGAGUUUUUAAUAAAAAUGAUUCCAGUUGUGAAACAGUGUAUGCUGUUUUGUCACAGAUUCCACCUGACGGCCUUUUACCUCAGAGGUAUUUUCUACCAUAUUGCCAAACGUCUCUUGGGAGUCCAUUAUAUUCAAUUUACCUUGAAACCAAAGACAAGGUUUGGAAUAUUCUGGCUCCUAGGAUGGUUGACUGCUUCUCAACUUCUUGGUGGUGUGUUAAUUAGUGCCUACCAGUUUCAUAAGACUUUACAAGAUCUCAAAUCUAAAGUUAUCUCAUCACCACUCUCCAUUUGUAAGGUGAAGUCUGUAGCAACUGCAUCAAGUCAUCAGUGUCCUCUGUGCUUAGAACUUCGUCAUGAAACAACUGUUACACCAUGUGGUCAUCUUUUUUGUUGGAGUUGUAUCCUGGAAUGGUGUCAGACCAAGGGGGAAUGCCCAUUAUGCAGAGAGAAACUUCUGAGCUGUCGUCUUAUUUAUCUCCAAAAUUAUGACUUUUGACACCCAAAUUCUAACAUUUGUAUGUAAUAAAUUAUGUAAAUAUAAAAUGGCAAGUGUUAUCACUACAAUGUAUAAAAA